UGUGGGAUACAUCUAAAGGAUUGUUGAAAGAGAAAACAAAAAACUUUAAUUUAUUGAAAAUAACCUGAGGUAGACCAUUUAUUUAUAUGGGCGGAAUCCAUCAGAGAGAAACAUUUACAUGUGAAAGUUUCAGACGAAGAAGUUCUGUGAGUAAUAUUUGAAGAAAAUUUCCAGGAGCAUGAAGCAGUUGAAGGUGAGAUUGAAUCACUGAGGAAUAUUUUCAGGGUAAGAUGAAUGGGUCAGGAAGUUCCUCUGAAAAAAAGCACCAAAGAGAAGACGAGGUGAUUGUUAAUAUCAAAGACAAUCUGGAGCCCCAGCGUCCAUGUUGUUGUAUUUAUAAGGUUCCUAAGAAACUUAGGAACAUAAAUAAUGAUGCUUACACUCCUCACGUAGUUUCAAUCGGUCCUUAUCACCACGGCCAAGAGGAAUGGGAUGCCAUGCUGAGCCAAAAAGAAUGGAAAUGGGAUGACAUGCAGAAGCAAAAGAAGAGAUAUAAAGGGGAGUUCGAUGAGAAAAGAUUAGAGAAAAUCGAGAACUUUGUCAAAGAAGAAGAACAACGUAUCCGCCAUUGUUAUGAAGCAAACUUGGAGCAUUUCGAGUCAGAUAAGUUUAUAGAAAUGAUUGUGGAUGAUGCUGUCUUCAUCAUUGAACUCUUGAUGAAUUACCAUGAUCGUAUUAGAGAUUUUUUCCUCAGUAAACCAUGGCUGACAAAUGCUAUAAAACUGGAUUUGCAAUUGCUUGAAAAUCAGCUUCCAUACUUUGUCUUAAACGAGUCUUACGAGUUAGCCUAUAGAAGCUGCAAUACUAGAAAAGUGUUACCUGCCUUCAUUACUCUUUCUUGCAGGUUUUUCGGUUAUAGGGAACCAUAUGGUGACUGGAGUAACAAGGAAGUUAAACAUUUUGUGGACUUGAUAAGACAUACCAUGCUGGUCGAUGUCAAAAUCGAUCGAAAGUUGACCGAGUCUCCAGGCGGAAAAAUUGAAGAUUUACCAAGUGCAGUGAAGCUAAAUGGGUCUGGGGUGAAGUUUAUGCCAGUUAAUAAAAAAGAUGCAGUGAAGCCAGAAGAGUCCGGUGACAAAGGAAAAGAAAAAAGCUUACUGAACAUAGAAUUCGGAAAGAGAGAAGACUCAUACAUUCCAUGGCUUAGAGGAGAUGUGCUAAAGAUUCCACGCCUUAAAAUUGAAGAUGGUACAGAAUGUUCGUUUCGAAACCUGAUGGCCUUGGAGCAGUGCCAUUAUCCAUUUGAAACUUAUAUUUGCAACUAUAUUGAUCUAAUGGAUGCUCUGAUCAACACCAGAAAAGAUGUGGAUUUUCUUUUUGAAAAGGGUAUCAUCUGCAAUUGUGUGGGCGACCAUGAUUCAAUAAAAGAGAUGAUUAACAAGCUUUGCCUGGAGAUUACUCCAAGUGCUUCCUGUUACCAAGACAUGUGCCAGAGGCUGAAAAACCACCAUGGAAAAUGGUGGAAUCGGACCAAGGCAACAUUGAUAAGUGUGUACUUUGAAAAUCUCUGGAGAGGCACUGGAACUGUUGCUGCAACUAUACUCUUAUUGCUCACUCUGUUACAAACCAUCCAAAGAUUCUGUCCGGCCUUGUUUGUGUCUAAAAAAUAAUUAAGUUUGUGUGUUUUUAUUAGGGAUAACUCCACGCAAAGGUACUGAACAAAGGGCGAGAUAUUACAUUGUUCGAGGAACUCUAGAUGCAGUUGGAGUACCAGAUCGUCAAUAAGGGCAUUCUAAUGCGUUGUAGAUUCUUAUCCCAAACUUGUAUUAUUUGAUGAUGUCAUGUGAAAUGCUAGAAAUAUUUGGAAUUGUCGUUUUA